GGCCCACUGGAAGGCACAGUUUGAGUCCAUUCGUUCACAGUUCUAGAGCCAUCCCAAAGCGAGCGAGUGAGUGAGUUCGGUCUCGUGCAAUUGUGGUCUGUUUUCACCGUAAAACAGAUUUACUAAAACGCUCCAGCGCAUAACAGGAAAAAAGGGCCAUUUCUGCAAAGAUGCAACUGUUCAAGUGCUUACUGGCGAUCGGGUGUUUAGCGACAGUGUCCUUCGCCCACAGUGCUUCCGCCACGCUGCCGAUCAGCUCGAACUCGAUCGACGACAGCAAUGGACCGCAGCAGCAACAGCAGACGCCCCGUGCCGGCUCGUACCUCGGCGAGAUCAAGUACCUGUACAAGACGUACCAGGACUGUGCCAGCGGCGAUGUUUCCACCUGCCUGAAGAUGAAACUGUUCACCAUUCUGGACCGUGUGUCGCGCUCGACCAAGGACUUCAAGUUGAGCGAGGGCGUGCGAUUCGUGCGCGAUCAGGAAUCGGCCGCUGACGUUGCCCCGGUAAAGACUGAGGCCCAGCUGGAGGCUGAACUGCCCCGUUCGCUCGACGAGAAGGAACGCUCGCUCAACUCGAUGCUCUUCGACAAGGUCCUGUCGUUCUUCCAGUCCCACACCCUGCAAGUCAAGUUCCCGUCCAGCGAGGAAAUCAAGCGCUCCAUGGAUGAGGUCCGCGGCGGAGGCGGUGGCUUCGGAGGUGGUGCCGGAGGCGGUGGCUUCGGAGGUGGCAAGGACAAGGACAAGAAGAACGGCCACUGGAUCAUGAUCCCGCUUCUGCUCGGCAGCACGCUCGUCCCGCUCGCUUUCGGUGCCCUUGCCCUGCUCGCCGGUAAGGCACUCAUCGUUUCCAAGCUGGCUCUCGCCCUCGCCUCGAUCAUCGGCAUCAAGAAGCUGAUCUCGAGCGGUAACGGCCAUCACGAGUCCGCCCAUGAGGUGGUCGUGUCCGGUGGACACGGUGGCGGCUGGGGUCGUAUCGGAUCCGGACAGGGUCUUGCCUACAACGGCUACGGACACUACGCCCAGUAAGCGCAGUUUCCAUUGACCUGCCCAUCUAAACAACAUCCAUCCCGCCCCCAAAAGCAGGUUGCUUGGUGCAACGGUAACACGCCGGGGGCAGACACGCCGAACAAUGUAUCCGAUCCUUUCCAUCGAUCGCAUCACCGACCACCACAGCCAAAACUCCCCAUUAAAACUCCCAAGCGGUAGAUGCUAUCGGUGUCAAGCCGUUAGGAUCGCUUCGUACAUCUUUGGACGGUCUCGUUCCCGACACGCCAGCGCAACAAGUAACGAACUCGCACAAUACCGACUGACGAACUGAUACCCCACCGGUUGGGCAUCGUUCUAUCACGCCGUGUCACAUGGAAUUUGCAUGCAAAACGUCAUCUACAAAAACCGAAGCGAACAUUACACAACCAAAAAACGUUCCUCCUGAUAUCCCCCCAAUUCCCCACUCACCAAACACCCCUACUACUGUCACACAUCCUCAUACCCGACAAAGGCCCAUCGGUCCCGUUCAUUUCCCAUUCGAGAGUGGGAAACAUCCGAUGGGCACACCAGCUUUAGCUCUUAGUGGUCGAGGCGGCUCCCGUUUUUGCCGGAGUGCGGUCCACCACACGACAGUUUAUUUAUUUAACUUAAUUUAAUUUAUUGUACUGCUUCUCAACAGAACUGAUAAUUUAUGUGUUGUAGUUUUUUUUUGUUUUGUAUUUUUUUUUUCGUUUUCGUUAUUUUUUUGUACGAUACGUCCUAUUUUUGUGUAAAAAAUGCAGUCAAAUAAAACUUAAUUGAAGAAGUAUACGAUUUGUUUGAAUAUUUCCCAAUGUUUCCCACUACGCAGAAAAAAAGCAUUACAAUUU